AUGGCAGCUGGCGGCAAGAUACCGCGGGAGGAAGGCUCCAGCACGGCAGGAAUGGCGGCCGGGAUGGUGGAAGAGCACAUGGAAAGAGGCAGUUCACUGAGGCGUCCCGGUGGAGAGUCCUUCAGAACACACUUUCUUAAAAUUUUAAAAGCUGACGAUUAUAUACAACUGGUAAAUACCAAUAUUUCAGUUUUGAAGGAUUUUACGUUGUGUGUGGAUAUAAACCUCAAAAUGAAUGCCCAAGAAUGGCCAAUAUUUACUUACAGGGAAUUAGACAGUGACAUCAUUAAUCCUGGGAAUCCUGAUUUUGGAUUGGUUGGAAGUAAGGAAACAUUAAAAAUAUAUUUCUCGAAACAUGCUUAUGAAUUUCAAAUUAAAUUACCAGAAAAUUGUUGGCAUUCUCUGUGCUCUACGUGGGAUAGUGGAAAGGUGGAGCUCUAUGUAAAUGGCAGUAUGAUGGAAAGGACUAAGAAUUCUGAUUAUGCUUCAAGUGACAAUGUCAUGCAAGUGAAAGGCAAUGGAACCCUGGUACUUGGGAUCAACCAUAUCAUCCAAAGAGGGAGUAUAACACAAGCAAGUAUAUAUAGUUUAUAUGGAGACGUUUACAACUUCCAGUUGUGGGAUUAUACUCUGUCUCCAGAAUUAUUGACAAAGUGCUUCAGUGGAAACGUUGUCAACUGGGCAAGAAAAUUCUGGAAAUUUAAAGAAAACAGAGUCGAUGAAGAUAAAAGCCUUCGUUGUGCAAACUCUGAGGAUAUUCCGUCAACCGCAAGCACAACCACUCACAGAACAUCUCUCGAAACAUCAACUAGUGUGUUAUCUUUAACAACCACAAAGAUAUCUGAGUUGCCGACUACAACCCUUAUAACUCAAAAUGCGAAUGUACCUACUACUACCUCUUCAACAUCUUUAGUAACAAGUACUUCUGCCGAUCAAAAUUCGUCCAAAAUUAACUCUACCUUGGAACCCAAUAAACCAACUGGAUUUACAACUGUGCUUAGCAAUAUUUCCUCAACAAGUACUACCAAUCAAGAGUCACAAUCCAUUUCCACCACUCCUAGGUUGGUAGACAUCACCACCAAUGAAUCUAGUCUGAAUACAUCUUUACCGAAAUCAUCGUCAGCAGCAAAUACAGGUCGGCCAUUCUCUACUUCAUCUACUACAAGAACUAGGACAUCAUCGCAUACCUCUAGCAGUACUUCUAGUGGAACAACAACAUUGUAUGCUAACUAUACAACAAGUCCACAAAACAGCAGUACUACCAUAUCAUCUAAUAUGGAUACUUCUUUAGCCACUAGUACUAUAAAGUCAGAUGGUUCUAUGACCACACUGCAGUCAACUUCAUCAACCCUCAAUACUACUACUGAAGGUUCAACAACCACAAUGCAGUCUACUUCAUCAACCCUCAGUACUAAUAAGGUAGAAGUUUCUACGACCACACUGCAGUCAACUUCUUCAACCCUCAAUACAACUACUGAAGGUUCUACUACCACAAUGCAGUCUACUUCAUCAACCCUCAAUACUAAUAAGGUAGAAGGUUCUACGGCCACACUGCAGUCAACUUCACCAACCCUCAAUACUACUACAGCAGAAAGGUCUAUGACCACACUGCAGUCAGCUUCAUCAACCCUUAAUACUACUAAGGCAGAAGGUUCUACAACCCCACUGCAGUCAACUUCAUCAACCCUCAGUGCUACUACUACUGAAGGUUCUACGACCACAAUGCAGUCAACUUCAUCAACCCUUAAUACUACUAAGGCAGAAGCUUCUACAACCACUAUACAGCUAACUUCAUCAAGCCUCAAUACUACUAAGGCAGAUGGUUUCAUGACCAGUACACAGCCAACGUCAUUAUCCCUCAAUACUACUAAGGCAGAGGAUUCUACAACUAUACUGCAGUCAACUUCAUCAACCCUCAGUAGUACUACUGAAGGUGUAAAAACAUCUGUAUCCAACACACCAUCCCCUACCAUUGAAAAUGGGGAAACAUCUGUAUCUAAUUCACCAUCACCAACAGGCACAGUCAUUUACUUUGUGGUACGAAUGGAUAUCACAAUCUCCGUAACAAAUGGGAAUGAUGACGACAUAGCAAAUAUCACAAAAAGAAUGCUUGAUAAAAUCUUCAAGGGCACUGAAUUCUCUGUUGUGCAGUUCGUUCUCCAAAAUGAAGCAAGUAACGAAUCGAAAGCAAUUAUCAAAGCCAUUUCUUCAGACAGUUCAGAAUCAGUGGACUCUAAGCUAAAAAAACUUCUGGAAGAUGAGGAUAACUUUGAAGAAGACUUAUCACUAAGUGUCAGUGUUAAUUCAGUAGAGCUAAUAGGACGUUGCCCCAAGGAAUCAGCAUUUAUUCCUGAUAAAGGACUAUAUACCUGGGAGGAAACAAAUCCAAAAGAAACGGCAAUGGCUGCAUGUACUAUGGAUUCUUCAAUGUUUGGCACUAGAUACUGCAAUAUCAGUAUCGAGACUGCUACAGCUGAAUGGGAAACGCCAAAUUUAGAAGGAUGCCCAUCAUUUCAUAUAUUUGAUCUUAUCGAUCUUGAAAAUGUUGUCGUGACACCAGGAAACGCGAAGUAUUUAGCGAUACAGAUUAGCAAUUUCACAAGCAACGUGGGACAAAUAUCUAAAAACAACACAAAAAUAAUUCUAUCUAAAAUUUCUGAAAUUGCUGAAACAGGAGAAAGUGAUAUCUCAACAGCACAGACUAAUUUAGAUACACUUGAAUCCGUCUUACAAAAGUCUGAAAAUGUACGCGAAUAUGCCAACACGAUCCUAACACUUACAGAAGAAAUUGGAUACAAAAUGAACUAUCCAGGAGAAACAGCAAAUAUUAGUACACAAACAUUAGCUUUAUUCGUAUCCUCAGUCAAUUUUACAGAAUUUAAAGAUAUUUUCUUUGCAGUGAAAUCUUACCAGGACGGAAUGAAUCCUGAGAUUACCCUGGAAAAUGAACCCAUUGACAAGACUGUGGCCUUCAUAUAUUUGCCGGGAGCCAUUAAAGACAAUGCUUCUACAAUCACAUCUAAAGUGCAGUUUAACUUCUUUGGUAAAACAUCGCUUUUUGAGGAUAGCAUUUAUAGUAAUCUCAUGUUAAACACAUAUGUUGUAAGUGCCAGUGUUGAAAAUACUGAGGUCCAGCAACUAAGAGAGCCUGUGGACAUAUCUCUGAAGCACAUUUACCCAAACAACGAUUCACUACCCGUGUAUUGCGUGUUUUGGGACUUUCAAAGAAAUGAUGGACUGGGAGGAUGGAGUACAUCAGGGUGUAAAAUGAAAAAUACAAAUGUCAACUACACCACCUGCCAUUGCACACAUCUCACCCACUUUGGUGUUCUUUUAGAUAUUUACAGGGCCAGUUAUAUCAGUUUCUAUGAUCCCACAUUAAGCCUGCUGACCUAUGUGGGAUGUGGCAUCACAUCUCUUUUCCUGGGAGUUUCUCUGGUUACCUACCUGACAUUUAAGCCACUCAGAAGAGAUUACCCUUCAAAAAUAUUAAUGAACAUGUCUGCUUCUUUGCUAAUGCUAAAUCUACUUUUUUUGGUUAACUCGUGGAUAUCGAAUUUCCAAAUUCAUGGCCUGUGCAUCACCUCUGCUGCUCUUCUCCAUUACUUGUUGCUGGCGUCUUUCACAUGGUUGGGUCUAGAGGCCGUGCACAUGUAUUUUGCAUUUGUCAAAGUUUUCAAUUUGUACAUCCAUAACUACAUAUUGAAAUUCUGCAUUGCCGGAUGGGGUAUACCUGCUUUAAUAGUUGCAAUUGUACUGGCUAUAGAUAGAGAUUCCUAUGGUAUUCUACCUGAUGAAAAAGCAUCUGCGGUCUCGCCUGAUAAUUCGGAAUCAUUUUGCUGGAUCAAGAGUGACCUGGUGUUCUACAUCACUGUCGUGGCCUAUUUCUGUGUCAUGUUUCUUGCAAAUAUAUCCAUGUUUAUUGUGGUGCUAAUUCAAAUUAACUCCUUGAAUUCAAAGAAGAAGAAGGAUUGGAAGGCCCUUUUUCUCCAUGACAUUAAGAACACACUCAGCCUCACAUUCUUACUUGGCUUAACCUGGGGUUUUGCAUUUUUUGCUUUGGGCUCUGUAAGAAUUGCGUUUAUGUAUCUUUUUGUAAUUUUCAACACAUUACAAGGUUUCUUUAUCUUUGUGUUCCACUGUUUAAUAAAAGAAAAUGUAAGGCAACAUUGGAGAAUGCAUUUGUGCUGUGGGAGAUUUAGACUUGACAACUUCUCUGAUUGGAGCAGGUUGAGCAAUGCAGAAGCAAGACAAAACAGCCGCAUUCGAACAUCACCGUCAGAUUCUUUCCAAUCAACCAGGUCCAAUGAAACAGCUUCUACUUCAAACGCUUCCAGCCUUUCGGGAUUCUAUAGCGUUGACUACCCAGGAAGGAGUUAUUCAGACGGUGGACUAUUCAUCAACCCAGCUCAUUUGGAUCCUCCAAAUCAAAUUACUAUACAUCCUGAGAGAAGAAAAACCCUCACAUUUCUAGAUAUAAAAUGAACAAACUUGCUUGCUACUUUUGUCCACAAUACUGCCCAUAGUUACGUUUGUCUGUAAAAGAUGUAUUCUCCUGAAAAUGUACAGACUUCUCAAAGCUUAUGGAACCAUGUGAAACACAUACACGGCUGAUAACUGCCAUUCUUUCCAAAAGAAGAUAUCAGAGACUAGAAGAUGGGUAUGUUAUAUUGAAAUGUGAUAUCGCCCAGAAGGCUUCUUAAGGUGGAAUUUGAUUCUCUCCUGUUUUAUCAUAGAAUUUCUAGUUUUUUGUUAGCGUGUUGGUUCAAUAUAAUACCACUGGGGCACAUAUCCUCUCCAGGACUGUAAACAACAGGACAAAUUACAGGGGGUAGCUUUAUUGAUAGCAACUAAUAUUUGUUCUCAGGAAAGUCAUGUCUACUUCAUUUUCUCUGGUGAUACCUCCUGGAACCAAAACAAAAGAUCUUUACCGGUGGAAAAAGAAAUCUUGCAAUGACAUCUAAAAAAUAAAUUCAUUGGAUAGUUAGACACGUGAGAGCCAGUUCUCCAACUACUAUUGUGACUUACAUUUUGUAAUCCCUAAAACGU